CCUUGACCUCUUGUACUGACCGCAUCACUGAGCAGGUCUCCUCCGUGGAGUAUCAUUUAAAGGCAAGACUACAUUAUAUAGCAAAAUACCUGGUUCUCAAUAGGACACCAAUUCACAAGCUGUGUGGACUUAGCAAUGGCAAUGAAAUGCUUCUUGGGUUUGGUUGCUGCUAUUGGAUUCCUGCCUGUUUUGGCCAGAAGAGAAAAACCACCUAAAGUCCCGUUUCAGGAACUUGUCACUGAACUGGCAGCUGUACAAGAAGAAAUCGUUAAUGCACACAACACCCUCAGGAGAGGAGUGGUUCCACCAGCCAGCAACAUGCUGAAGAUGAAUUGGAGUGAAGAGGCUGCACAAAAUGCCAGAGCUUUUUCAAAGUAUUGUGACAUGGUAGAGAGCAACCCACUUGAGAGGAGAAUUACAAGUAGCUUUUGCGGAGAAAAUAUGCAUAUGACAUCUUAUCCUGUUUCGUGGUCACACGUAAUUAGAAUCUGGUACAAUGAGUCUAAACAUUUCAAAUAUGGGGAACAGAUAUCCACGGAUGAUGACACAGUUACUAACCAUUACACUCAGAUUGUUUGGGCCACUUCUUACCUGGUUGGCUGUGGCAUUAUGUCAUGCCGCAAAGGAGGGUUGCCUCGGUAUUUCUACGUUUGUCACUAUUGUCAUGAGGGAAACGAUCCUGACACAAGGAAUCGACCUUAUAAGACAGGCAACCCAUGUGGCGACUGUCCCAAUGACUGUGAAGAUAAACUUUGUACUAACCCCUGCAUCUACGAUGAUGAAUAUGCCCACUGUGAGCAACAAAUCAGAGGUUUUGGAUGCAGCCACUUAUCAACUAAGCUAUUCUGCAAAGCUACUUGUCUGUGUAAUACUGAGAUAAGAUAACCAUUUGUCAUGUGCAACUGUACUGUCCUGUGAAGAUGAGGAGAUGCCUGCCGGAGCAUGUCUUCUACCAGUUUACUUCACCAUCUUCUGCUGAAUUUCAUCUGAUUUUAACUAUACUCAAGAUCCUAAGUUCUGUCCUGAUAUAUCCUGAAAUAACGUAGUUUUAAACCUCCUCAGUACUGGAAAAAGGCCCAUUGCAACAUCAGCCUCAAGUUCAAGUUCUUAGGUUGACAUAAUUCAACUGAUGGCAUAACUGGGUCCCUCAAUAGUACUUUGUGCUAUCGUAGGGUCAUACCUGGUUGAACUCCCACCUCUGCUUUCCCCAAGUUUCCAAACACCUGAUGUUUGCCUUCCCUGCACAGCUAAUGUCCAGUAACAAUUCUUAACUUUUUAUUUUUACUUCUACUUGAAAUCAAUCAUUAAAAAGAGUCCACAAAGCAAA